AAUUUGUACACAUCCCCAGAUAAACUAAAAAAAAGAUUGAUUAAUUCCAAAGAAGACGCGACGGGGGCAGAAAAAUCGAGACAUGUCCAACGAAAAAGAGGACGAGUGCGGCAAGCAUAAGCAGCAGGCGCAGGCGGAUGCCAAGUCGACGUCUAGCGAGGAUUCGGACGAGUAUCAGUCGGCCGGUGAGGGCGAGGAUGGCGAAGGUGACGGUGAUUCCCCAGCGGAGCACCCACUGCCGAAAGCAACCACGCCCACGCCAGCCACCACCGCCACGCCCACAGCCAAGGCAGCAGUGCCACAUCCCACAGUGAAUCCCGCGCUUGAGUCCCUCGACUUUCCAAUGCACCAAAGCGUUUUCGAGGACGACAUAAAGUCGCUGCAGCGCCGCCUUCUUUUGAGCACAGCGCAGGACGAAGUGGGCCGCAAGGACAAGCACGGAAACACGCCACUUCACCUGGCCGUAAUGCUGGGCAGAAAGCACGCUGUGCGCCUGCUACUCGCCCAAAACGCCCCUGUGAAGAUCAAGAACAACGAGGGCUGGUCCCCGCUGUCCGAGGCCAUCAGCUACGGCGACCGUCAGACAAUCACGCAGGUGCUGCGCAUGCUCAAGCUGCAGUCGCGCGAACACAUGGAGAGUCGCCGCGAAAAGCUAGUGAAUGCGCUGCGCCAGAUGCAGGAUUUCUACAUGGAGUUCAAAUGGGACUUUCAGUCCUGGCUGCCGCUUGUCUCCCGCAUCCUGCCCUCGGACAUCUGCCGGUUGUACAAAUCGGGCGCCUCCAUCCGGCUGGACACCACGCUUGUGGACUUCAACGAUAUGCGAUGGGAGCGAGGGGACAUAUCCUUCUUGUUUCGCGGAGAGGCGCCGCCCAGGGAAUCACUGGUCUUGCUGGACAAUGAGCAGGAGUGCUUCCAGCGACUGCGCUACGAGGAGUCCGACAUGGAGGACGAGGUGGACGUGCUUAUGUCCACCGAUAUCCUGGCCACCCAGAUGUCAACCAAGACGAUACAGUUCGCCCGGGCGCAACGCGGCUGGAUAUUCCGAGCCAAUCGCAAGGAGGUGAUUGGCGGGCAGUAUCAGUGCGAGAUCUACACCAUCCAGGGCCUGAUCCUGAAGCAGCGUAAGCGGCGAGAACACCUGUCGCACGAGGAUCUGCAAAAGAACAGGGCCAUUGUCGAGACAAUCACAAAGGGUGGCAAUCAGCAGCCGGAUACCCGGCGGUCUAGUCUCGGCAGCCAGCACACGGCCACUCCGCCCGAGAGCAACACACCGACAGCGCCGAAUGGAAUCACACUGCCGGACCUGCCGCGUCGCAGUUCGCUGCAGGCUCCUCCGGCCACCACGGUAACCUGGCGCCAGUACCUCGAAGCCGAGGUUGGCAAGUGCCCGCAACUGGGCCGACCGCCCGUCCACAAACAGUCGAACAAGACCCUGCGCGCCACAGUGGCCAUGAGCAAGGACUUUCCCCUCAGCGUGGACAUGCUGCUGGACGUUCUGGAGGUGGUGGCACCCCUCAAACACAUCAACAAGCUGCGCGAGUUCGUCACGCUCAAGUUGCCGACGGGCUUUCCGGUGAAGAUCGAGAUACCUGUGUUGCACACGGUCACCGCCAAGGUGACUUUCCAGAAGUUCGAGUUCCGCGACAACAUCCCCGCCAAGAUGUUCGAAGUGCCGUCGCACUACUGGGAGGACGUGCGUCGCUUCCAGGACUUAUGACCAGGCGAUGGGGAAGCCGCGCCAAAGACCAAAGCCCCAGCUUCCGGAUCGACCGGAGCUGCGCCUGGCGUCCGGGUCGAUUUAAAUCGCAAUGCGCCGCCUCCCUCGAUUGCGGAGUUCGAUUGAGGAGGCAUGCACGGCGGCACCAGCCCCCCAUCCUGCCCAGAUUUCGUCUCUUGUUUUGUGGACCUUCCAGCAAAAGCCGGAGGAUACCGCUCGAACGGGCGGCGUGUUUAUGUAUGUAUGCUUAAGAGGAAACCACCCACACAUAAAAUUGCAAUUUUCACCUUUUAGAGGAAUCUAUUUAUCAGCAACCAAAAUUAUUGAGCUAAUAUUUUGCGUUUUGGUACAGUUGUUAAAAUUAAAAUGUGACGCUCUGAAAAUUGCAAUUUUACAUUUACGUUUUGUUAUGUACUGUAUUUGUUUGUAUUUAGCCCCCUUCCCAAAGGGGUAUUAUUUUGUAGUAUUUAUUGUUAGAUGCAACAACAUUCUGCCCAGGCUCGCAACUUUUUCAUAACCCGAGCGUGAAUCACUUCGGAGUAAAUGGUGUUUCGAGAUUGUCACCCCAUGGGGUGGGGUCUUAAAACAGCUGCUCUAUCGGCGAGGAAACCAGAAAGUCAUAUUCCCGAAAUCGCCUUUCCCUAUCUUCAGCCAAUUGCGGUGGUAAAAAGGUAAAAAUAAAUGGCUGAUAGCUGCGAUCCAUCCUACAUAAUCAAAAAGUAGUUAGUGAGUGAUGAUCAGGUGUUGCCCACACGCCACUUAUCAUUUUAUUUAUGUCCACAUCCCUCUCCGUGUUUAGUGCAAUUUCAUACGUAGAAUUAAGGUAAACUAAGGAAGGCGGAAGUUUGUUUUCGGCCCUUUCCAAAAGAGUCUGCAUACCCCGCUUGAGGAGCGUACAUCCAACAAUUGCGUUCUUUUUAUACUUAGGCUACGUGUACUAGAAUAAAUCGUCCGCAGAACAAUUUCCUAUGCCUUUCUCAUAAAAGUCUCAAGUAUUUUGAAGUGCGCAAAACUAAAAACAGCUUCACAAAUCAAUUAAAAAUAAAUAUUUAUACAUAUGUACCAAGGUAUUUGUGUAGUUCCAUUUUAGCCAAUUAUUUAAACUGUAAAAAAGCGUCUGUACUUGUAUUGUAUUUGUUAAUCAACAAAAGCGGCUAGCACCGAUAUAUGUAGUUUCGGUUCGCAUUGCUUUGCUGUGAUUAUGCCCUUAUAUCCACAAUUGUUUGCCUACUGCAGAGUAUGACUAGCGCUACGUAUUUAUGUAAAACUGCCAUUGUUUGUUUUUUUUCGGGCACAACUCUUGUUUUUUUUUUUUUAUAUAGAUUUCCACCACCACAUAUGUAAAAUCAAUGCGAUAAUCAAAGGAAAUUUUUAAACAUUUAAUAAACAGCAAUCUUAAAUCCAAACACACCCACACAAAAAAUCUAAUAUCAACAUCGGUAUAUUUUACUAGUUAAGGGCAAUUGAUUGAUAUAUAUAUUUAUACGUGGCCACCCUAAUUCUAAUUGAACCGAGCAUUUGUAUACGCUCUAAAAAAUAAAUAUAUACACACAUCCGCAAGCUGUAAAAUGUGCAACCCAA